AUGAAUUAUUUUCAUUCAAUGAUUGAACAUUUACUAUACACUACUGAUACGGGAGUUGCUGAAUUAUUACAAAUUAUAACGGUUCAGCCUACGUGAGUAAUAUUUAUUUACAAAUGUGUACAGUGUAAACACAAUACUUACAUCAAUUUUAUUUGUUUUCUUGCUAGCUUUCAAACAUGUCGAACGAAGCCAAAAUUACUGACCCGUUAAACAUGGACAGUAUAUUACUGAAAGCGUCGCAAGAGAUUCUGUCCAAAAAUGAUAGAUUCUGUUUCUCAGUUGAUAAUGACGAAACAGUAAAUGAAAAAACAUUCUAUAAGCCAUACGAUUCUAGCGAGUUGGCCGAAUUUAUUAAUUUACAUGAUAAGUUUUUAUUAUAUUACAUUAUAUAUUGAAUUGAAAUUUAAAAACCAAUUAAAACAUAAGCAGGGCAAGUUGGGUGUUGUAUACCUAUAACUUUUCUAUCUGACUGCAACACUUCUAUUAAUUUGGAAUCUUUAAAUUUAAAAAUAUUUUACAUUAUAAUUUAUAAAUUUAAUGGGAAAUUAAAAAAUAAAAAUGUUUAAUAGUAAAUGGGAGAAUAAGCUAUUACUGACUUCAAGGCGCUACCUGUAAACCUAGAAUGUAAUACAGCAAUAUUGUACGUAUUUGUUUUUAAACAAGCACUAUAUAUACAAAUCAGUCAUUUAAAAGUUAAUAUGUACUGGUGAAUUCCUGGCCCUAGUUUGUGAUAGUUUUAAGUUUUGUCUUGUAUAUAGACAUUUUACUGUGCAUUCAAGAUCUUCUAUAUCUAAAUUAUCACUUUGCACCACUAUUAUUUAUCUACUUACUUUAGACCACUGCUUUACCCUCUAUACAACUACUUACUUCAGACUAUUGCACUACCCUCUAUACAACUACUGCUGAUGACAAGACACUCCUAUCCUGGUCUAAAAUAUCAUCCAAAAGCAUGUAGAUCUUUUACCGCUCCCAAGUUAGAGGAUUUUCACAUUGGUGGGCUUACCUUCUCACUUAUCUUAUAUUGUAAGUAUCUAUUUAAGUUACCAAAUUUACUUAUUGUACAAUAAUUGUACGUUUUUUCCUAAUAAACUUAAUAGUUUUUUUCUCAACCUGGUAUAGAAGUCAAUAAAGCAAGAUCCACUCAAUACAUACUUUUACGAGUUGUUUGCCCUCCUAUCUAUCUUAAUCACCUACAGCUACCGUCUGUCUAAAGUGUCCAUUAUCUAGGUCUAUAUUUAAACUUUCUUACCAACUAUAUUUUUGUCUCGCAUUUGAACACAAUAAACAAAUUUAAACUGCUUCAAAAACCACUUUAGACCUAUGAAGUUCUAAUAUGGGGAGCCAUCAAACUGUCCAACAUUAUAAAUACAUUCCCAUUUACUGUGGCAUUUAUACAUAAUGUUCAAGGUCAGUGAGCAUCAUGUUAGUUAAUAAAAUCAAACAUAUAAUUUAGUAUAAAAGUGGCCAUACUGCAGUUGUGAGCAGCGAACCUUUAUCAACAUUGUUUAUGAUCACAAUCCAAUUCAAUAAUUACAAAAAAAGUUUUUAUUUAGAGUAAUAAUCUAUGGACUGAGAUGAUAUCAAACUCUACCAUUUGAUAGCAAUAUAUAACGAAAAACCCACGGCUNUGUUGUUGGCCCAGGGAUAAACUACAUUUUAAAAAAUCAAAUCCCAAGACCUCCUUCCCCCUUAUAACUGCCACUGCCUAUUUAAAUGACUUCGUCAAGUAAUCAAAACCACAUACAUCAAAUGAUACUCUUUAUAAAGAUAUCCUUUUCAAAACUUGUCAAGAAUUUCUAUAAACUUUUCACUCCAAUCUUCACAGCCAUCACAACCCUAUAAUUUAAAAACUGUCUGUUCCUACUUGGUGACAUGAUAGUAUUAACUGUAGUUUAACUGCUUCACUGAUAUUUUAUUCUUAUUGCAGGAGUUGGCCAAGUUGUACCUGAAGACAGUAUUGUUUUAUUGCAUUAUAUUGGAUAUGUAUCAAACUUUCAUGAACCUUUUGAUGUAACUUAUCUUCAAGGUAGGCGUCCUAAAAGCUUUAGAUUGGGAAUUGGUGAUCUAUUGCUAGGGUUAGAGGUUGCCAUACUAACUAUGAGAUAUGGUGAAAAUGCAAGAAUUAUUUUGAGCCCAAAAUAUGCUUAUAGAGAAAUGGGUUGUCCACCUCGUAUACCACCAAAUGCCACUAUUGUAUUUGAUGUCCAUCUUGUCAGUUACUACCCUUCAACUAAUUCUCGUCUCUGUGAUGAAGGUGAAAAUGAUCUAAAUAAAUUUCAAACAAACCUAAAAAUAGUCAAAAAACUACACUAUGAGGGCAACGAAUGUUUUAAAACUAAUAAAAUUAAUAAAGCUGUUGUUAAGUAUGAAAAGGCCAAAGAAUUAUUACAUUUAACUGGAUGCAAUAAUGACCAAGAAGAAAUUGAAAUGUUUAAAUAUCUAGAUAAAUUGUAUUCAAAUUUAAGUAUCUGUUACUUAAAGAUAUGUGUUUUUAACAAAGUAUGUCGUAUGGGCUCAGAGGCGAUGAGGUAUUCAGGAAAAUAUUCUAAAAACAAUGUAAAAUUAUGGUUUAAUUGGGGUAAAGCUUUACGGUUAUUGAAAGAUUUCACAGAAGGAAAAAAAAAGCUCCAAAGAGCGUUAAAACUUGAACCUGAAAAUGAGUCAAUACAUUAUGAACUACAACGCCUAGAAACAGAUAGAACAUUCCAUUACCGUAUUAAAUCAUUGAAUACAUUCAAAAAUAACACAGUUAAUGAUAAUAAUAAACGUUUACCAUCAGAAUUUUGGCAAGUAUUUGAUACAAUCAUAAACGAGUUUGUUGAUGGUACUGAUGAAAUAUUAACUGUUGCAUUAAAUAAUAAUUCUGAUGAUAUUGAGUUAGCAAAAUGUAAAGUAAAUUUACUUGAUUUACAGUUUCAACAAAAUGAGAAUGUUGAUUCUCAUUGUUUUACAAUAAAAAAAAAGUUGUAA